GUCAAACAGCCAAUAGAAGAUAGCCUCAUUCGCUCUUUGUGUCACGUGGGCGCCAACGAGUGCACGGACACACUGCACGGUUUUGCUAACAAGAAACAAGAUGGAUACUCCCAUAUUGGAACCAUCCUUGUACACCGUGAAAGCAAUUCUCAUACUGGACAACGAUGGAGACAGACUGUAUGCUAAAUAUUAUGACGACACAUACCCAACAGUGAAGGAACAGAAGGCAUUUGAGAAGAACAUAUUCAACAAGACACACAGGACAGACAGUGAGAUAGCAUUACUGGAAGGCCUCACUGUUGUCUACAAAAGCAACAUCGACCUCUUCUUUUAUGUUAUUGGAAGUUCAUAUGAAAAUGAGCUUAUGCUUAUGGCUGUUCUAAACUGCCUUUUUGACUCCCUCAGUCAGAUGUUGCGAAAAAAUGUUGAGCGCAGAGCAUUGUUGGACAAUAUGGAGGGGCUUUUCCUCGCCGUAGAUGAAAUUGUCGAUGGAGGGGUGAUCCUCGAGAGUGAUCCUCAGCAAGUGGUACAUCGUGUAGCACUACGAGGGGAUGAUGUACCUUUGACAGAACAGACUGUCACCCAGGUCCUUCAGUCUGCAAAAGAACAGAUCAAGUGGUCACUUCUACGGUAGUCGCCGUGCAGCUUGGUCAUGAUGGCACUGAUCCACAAACACUUAUUCCUCUCCUACAAUCACAAAUCUAGUCAACUGCAUUUGUUUUUUUAAUUUGGGGGGGGGGGGGGGUCCUCUCUGUACAGCUGUAUGAUAUAAAAUAAUGGGAUCAAAGAAGGUGUACAUUCCCUCAUUUGGGUUGGACUGCUCUCUUUGUAUUUUGUAAUUUCGAAAACCAGCAUAUCCAUAAUUGCUUAUAAACAAAGCUGGUGAAAACAUUCCACAUCCUGUUUUAUCAUCCCUUCAUCCUAAUGUACUGUAAUGACAUCACUGGUGGCAGAGGUUAAUUUUGUAUUGCUAUCAUUCGUCACCACACCAUUAGAAUAAAUGUCUCUUGAUGCGGCUGACA